AUGAUACAAAUGGUCGGAAAGAUGACACCAGAAGCAGAUAUGAAGAAUUCAUACAAAUGGUCGGAAAAGAUGACACCAGAAGCAGAUAUGAAGAACAGCGAUAGAUCGCUUUUAUUUCUCUUUCCCCGAGACACACAAAAUAUCGCCAAAAUUAGUCAAGUCUUAUUGAGUUUUUUUUCGCUAAAUUGUAAUCUCUCUCCCUCUUCCUUUCUUUCUCUCACUUUCUCUCUCCCACUUCCUCUCUCUCUCUCUCACAUUCUUCCUUUCUCUCCCUCUUCCUCUCUCUCUCCCUCUUCCUUUCUCUCUGUCUCUUCCUUUCUCUCUCUCUUCCUUUCUCUCUCUCUUUUGCUUUUUCUCUCACUCUUCCUUUUUCUUUCCUUUCUCUCUCUCCCUCUUCUUCUUUCCUUUUCUCUUCUUUCUCUCCCUCUUCCUUUCUCUCUCUCGUUCUUUCCUUUCCCUCUUCCUCUCUCUCUUCCUUUCUCUCUCCCUCUUCCUUUCUCUCUCUCUCUUCCUUUCUCUCUCCCUCCUCCUUCCUUUCUGUGUCUGUCUCUCUCUCUGCCAUAUCAUGCCUGGAAUUUUUCCAUAUCUAUCUAUCUAUCUAUCUAUCUAUCUAUCUAUCUAAUCAUUUUAUCAAUAUCUAUCUAUCUAUCUAUCUAUCUAUCUAUCUAUCUAUCUAUCUAUCUAUCUAUCUAUCUGCCUCAGUUUUUUUUAAUAUAUUUCUAA